GGCAGUCUUUGGCUGACGACACAUCCGAGAGGAACCCCAUUUUCCCCCUUCAGCAACACAUAGUCUCUGAUUUUUUUCUAUUUCGAACUGAAAUUUUCCUGGUGUUCUCAUCAUUCCUAAGGAGUUUCCACACGCCACUCGCCGUCAUCAAAUCGCGCAGCAAUCCUACAACUGUCUCCAGCAUUGCCGGAUAUCAGUCGAAUUUUCUCUUCAGAAACCGGAUUCUCUGAGUGGAAACAAAGAUGAUGGCAUCACCGCAGCAAAUGCCGAAGGGGCCGUAUCAUUGGGACACGAGCGGCCAUUUCGCCAAUAACAUGCCCCACGUGCCAGAGGGAUCUUCAACAUACCGCAAUGGAUCCAUCGUCGACGUGGUGCCAGCGGACCUGCUCUACUUGGUGGACCCAUUUUGGUACCAAUUCCCGCCGAUGCCGACACUCAUGCACCAGAUCCUCGGCAUGGUCAUGUGGUUGACUGGCAUCGCAGCCGUUGUAGGCAACUUCAUCGUCCUCUACGUGUUUGUGUCCAACAAAACCAUGCGCACCCCGUCCAACAUGCUCAUCGUCAAUUUGGCCUUCUCCGACUUCAUCAUGAUGGCCGGGAUGUUCCCGUUUCAAGGGAUGUCCGCUUUCUACGAAGUCUGGGUCUUUGGCGGGCUCAUGUGCGAGCUUCACGGCUUCAUCGGAACGUUCAGCGGGUGUAUGCAAAUCUGGACACUUACCCUCAUCUCUUAUGACCGAUACAACGUGAUCGUUAAGGGCAUCGGGGCCAAGCCGUUGUCAUUCAAGAAAGUCGCCGCCAUGCUGCUUUUGGUGGACGGAAUCGCGUUUGCUUGGGCCUGGGCGCCCAUGUUGGGCUGGAACAAGUUCACCAUGGAGGGCAACAUGACUGUGUGUGGAUCCAAUUCCAUCAAUGCCGACUGGAACACCAAGAGCUUCAUCUUCUGCAUUUUCACUUAUGCAUACAUCACCCCACUGUCCACCAUCAUCUUCUGCUAUUUCCACAUCGUCAAGGCUGUUGCGGUGCACGAGAGGCAAAUGCGAGAACAAGCCAAGAAAAUGAAUGUUCAAAGCUUGCGAACUGGUGAUGACGGGAAGACGAGCGCAGAAAUUCGUCUCGCCAAGAUCGCCAUCAUGACCAUCUUCCUCUGGUUCUUCGCCUGGACUCCAUACGUCGUCAUCAACUUCAUCGGCAUCUUCUACCAGGACAGAAUCACACCCAUGAUCACCAUCUGGGGUUCCACACUGUCCAAACUGUCAGCUGUUUACAAUCCCAUCGUCUACGGCAUCAGUCAUCCCCGUUACAAGACUGCAGUCAACGAGACGUUCCCGUGUCUCUCGUGUUUCGUCGGCAAGCCCGAAGAUGACACCAAGUCAGUCGUCACGACGGAAAGCGGCGACACCAACCGGCAAAAUCAGGAAACGGCUGCGUGAGCGUCUUUUGAGUCGAUCGUUAGGUGAAGUUCCUGUAGAGAGAGAAUAAUCGAGUGAGCUACCAAUCAGAAGUUUACGGUAUUCGCCUGAUAGCCACUUUUCGAUUGAGGCAUUCGAAUGGUUCGAACCAUUCAAACCAGUUGGGAUCCUCUGGAACUAUACGUAGGGUCUGGUGAGGGUUUGAGUUGGAUCCGUUUGAGUCGAGCAGAACUUCUUUCGGGACUCGGGGUCGGAACCCGGCAGAUAAGCUCAGUAUCCAUUUGAAUACGCAUUCUACCUGAAAAGCACCACAGGAAAGUUUUCAACGAUCUUCACUACUUAAUAGAUACAAUGACAUAAUCUUAUCAGAGCAUUGAAAUCAGCAAUUAUAAUAGGACCGGACAGUAUAGGGAUUUCAUAAUACAGUGAAGCAAAUAAACUUUUCUCCAGCAUAAUGUUAAAAAGGAGCAUUGAAUGACUUGAAUCCGUCUCUGACCAACAUGGUCAAAAUAUUUCAUGGAGCAUUUAAUGAAGUCAUUUAAAUAAUUAAAUAUAGGAACGAAAUAAUUUUAAUCGUGAAAUAUGCCUGAUUUGAAAUUAUGAACAUGGGACGUACUUCUGUUGAUAUCAGUCGGCCUCUUUUGAAAAACAAAAUUGUCGCAUGAAAUAGUGAGAGUAAAAAAAAAUGCAUCAUUCGGAUUUUUUUUUUUGUGAAUUGAACCUCAAUUUUGAAUUCCAAAUACAUUCCGCAUAGAAGUUCCUUCUUUUUUGUUGAAUCGAAAAUUUAAUGUACAGUAACUUACGGUACUACACAAACUCAACUUCGUUCAUUUUACAAGUUAUUAGGUUCAUUCACAAUAAGUUCACUGAUAAAUGAUUUUUACUUCCUUUAUAACUUGAACUCACGAGUUCUAAAUCUAUUUGACGCGUUAAAAAAGUCUAAGGCUCAUGAUGUGGACCACUCGAAACUUAUUGAUUCUUUUACAUGUGUAUUCAUUGAUUCAAUUUCCGUGUUUGACGAAAAUUUGGUGACAAUUACGAAAAUCAAUCAAACGGCUGCCAAGUGAGAAGUUCGCCGAGCAUACACCAUUUUCUGAAUGCGAAAAGUUGUGAUGAACUCCAGGGGGAUCGGGCAAAAUACAAGUCACUGAUAGACUGA